AUGAACACACUGCCGACCGUCUCACCGCAAACAAUCUCCCAGAUUCUCGACAACAAUCGUCAGGCUUUCACAACACCGUUCAAGAAAUGUGAAGACGAUUUUGUUUCUGAAGUUCGUGGCAAAUUGAGAAUGGAACAAUUGAUGGAUAAAAUUGGAAAAAUGGAGCAACUUCGGGUCAAUGAGAAGCAACGAUUUGGAGCACGUCAAGCAGAAACUGAGGCUAAAUUCGAGCAAAUGAGAAGCGCUUUGGAAGAAGAGCAACGCCGACGGGCCAAAGCUGAGUCGAACAAAGAAAACAACGAGGCGAUGUUACUCUUAAUGAAUCAUAUGAAAGAGAGCGAUGUUCGACAACGAGAACAGUACGAUCAAGAACGACAAGCGGACGCUAUUCGAGAAGAGAGACGACACCAAGAAGCUCAAGAAAGAGUCGAUUCAGUGCGACAACAAAGGGUUUAUGAAGAAAACGAGCAGAGACGCGAAUAUCAAGAGCGAUUGGAUCAAAUGGAAAGAGAGCAAAGAGAGCGCCAACUUUGGAAUGAGCGACAACAGCAGACACAAGACCAACAACGACGCGUCCUCGAGAAUCAGCCUACUCAUGAGGAUCCCGAGCCAAACGGGGCUCGCCCCAUUUCUCAAGUUGUCUACUUUGGAUAUAGAAUCUUGCAUUCGUUGGGAUUU